AUGCAAUUGAGUCUUGGUAUUACGCUCGUCGAUGCUGAGGAGAAAUCUAAACAUCAAAGGUAUCAGAGUUUUUUUAAUGGACCGCAAAGCUUUUAUCAGCAACAUCAAAUGAAAAAUAUUGAUAGUCAAAAGUGGUAUUAUUCAUCGGAUCAAAAACCAUUAACUUAUUCAUGGUAUUGGACAAAUCAAGAUGUACCUUCAUCGAAUUUUUUAAAUUCAUUCGCUUCGAAAGAUGCCGAUCCGUUAUCAAAUAGAAUGUGUGGAAGAAGUCCAAUGGCUAAUCGAUUCGGACGUAUCAUGGGCGGACAAGAUGCUGUACCUCAUUCAUAUCCAUGGAUGGUUUCAUUAACAAAACGAUCAUUAAAUAAUUUGCAUUUAUGCGGUGGAGUUCUUAUUACUAGAUUGCAUGUGCUUACAGCAGCACAUUGUAUGGAAGAUUUCGAUGGAAUCAAUGAUUUAAAUAUUGUAGCUGGCAAUCAUUUUAGUACUGACAAGAGAAAUCCAGCAUCAGUCAUAGCAAUUACUGUACAUCCACAAUAUAAUGCCGAUACAUUUGCUAAUGACAUUGCUAUUGUAACACUUCGUUCCCCAUUACCUGACAAUGAUCAACGUAUUGGUAUAAUAUGUUUACCACCUGAUGAUAUGCCAGGUAAAAUUUAUCCGCCUAUGAAAAUAUCCGGUGUUGCCACAGGAUGGGGAUCACUCUCGUUCGGCGGCGAUCCAUCCACAACACUUAAACAAGUUGUUCUACCAAUUCUUGAUGCAUCUAAAUGGCCAUGUAGUACAUAUAUUACUGAUUUGCCUGGACAAAUAUGUGCAGGACAACUUCAAGGUGGCGCUGACACAUGUCAAGCUGACUCAGGAGGUCCAUUGAUGAUAGAAAAUGCUGAUAGUCGUUGGGAAAUUAUUGGCAUAACAUCAUUUGGUAAAUCAUGUGGUAAGCCUAACACGCCAGGAAUUUAUGCACGUGUUGCCACUUACAAUAGUUUUAUUAAAUCAAUAAUUGGUCGCUCAAAUUACAGUCCGUAUUAUUCUUCUUUUUCAUCUUCUUUUUCAACUUCUUCUCAGUUAUGUUCAUUGAACAGAUUUUUAUUCAGUGCUAUUUUAUUUAUAGUAUUUUUUUAG